CUUAAUAUUUGGUCAAUAGUUGGUAAUAUUCUCUGCUAUAAAUUUUAGACCCGUUGAGGCCAUUCAGCAGUCGCCAUCCUUGCGCAAGCUCCGAAUUUCUGCAGCACGUAAAGGUUGACUUGGGAAAAGGAUUAGGCUGUAGGGUUCCUGUUACAGUAGUAAGCCCACAAGGGCUUGCUAAGCACCAUGUCUUCUCUUCUGGCGAACCUGCCGGCGCCCACGAAGCAACAUGCAGCCCCAAUACAAGCUGUGCCAGCAUCUUCAGCUAUAGUCGCAACAACUUUCAAAGAGCCUCCUCCUUACUUACGGCGGCAGGGCUGGGUGCCCCGUCGCGCGGAGGAUUUUGGGGAUGGUGGCGCCUUUCCAGAAAUUCAUGUGGCUCAGUAUCCUCUUGAUAUGGGGAAGGGCAGCGGUGGACGUGGUAACCAGCAGUUGGCGGUAACGUUAAACGCGGACGGGCAGAUCAAUUACGAUGCUAUCGUCAAGCAGGGCAGUAACAGAGAUCGCGUGGUACACUCAGACCAUAGCGCACUGGUACCGAAGGUGGAUCGUCUCAGCAAAGAGGCCCUUGCCCGUCCCGACGAUGAGACGGUGGAAAAGACUAUCGCGGAGACGGCUGCGGCGCUGGAGCGGGUGGUGCAGGGCAAGCUCUCCUCCACAAACCCCUCCAAGCUGCCCUCGCAGCCCGGCGCGUCAACACUUAUCAAAUACACACCGGCGCAGCAGGGGCAGCAGUACGCCUCCGGGGCGGGUCAGCGCAUCAUCAAGAUGCAGGACAUGCCGGUGGACCCCCUGGAGCCGCCCAAGUUUCGACACGUCAAGGUGCCGCGGGGGCCCGGCUCGCCGCCCGUGCCCGUCAUGCACUCCCCGCCGCGACCGCUAUCCGUCAAGGAUCAACAGGACUGGAAGAUCCCGCCCUCCAUCUCCAACUGGAAGAACCCCAAGGGCUACACCAUCCCGCUGGACAAGCGCCUGGCUGCCGACGGUCGCGGCCUGCAGCAGACGCAGAUCAACGACAAGUUCGCGGCGCUGAGUGAGGCGCUGUUCACGGCGGAGGCCAAGGCGCGGGAGGCCAUUGCCAUGCGCGCCAGCAUCCAGAAGGAGCUAGCACUCAAGGAGAAGAACAAGCGCGAGACGGAGCUGCGGCAGCUGGCCAUGCAGGCGCGCAUGGAGCGGCAGGGAGGGGCGGCGGCGGGGGCGGGGGGCAUGCCGCCUCCGCCACCAGUCGGGGGUGCUGCAGCGGCAAGAGGUGACGGCUCGUUGCCCGGGCCUCCGCCGGGUCCCCCUCCCCGCGGCGCCGCUCGCGCCACCGCAGCGGAUGCCUUUGACGACUUUGACCGUCGCGACCCGCGGGACCGCGAGCGGGCUGGCGGGGACUACGAGCGCGACCGCGAGCGGGAUUACCGCGACGACCGAGGCCGCGAGCACGACAGGGACCGGGAGUACGACAGGGGCGGUCGUGGCGGUGGCGAUGACGGGGACGAGCGGUACCAUGAGAGUGUGGAGGAGCGGGAGGAGCGGCGGCGGAGGGAUGAGAUUCGGGAGGAGCGGCGGCGGGAGAGGGAGCGGGAGCGGCGACUGGAGGCCGCCAACCAGGGUGGCUCCAAGAAGUCCAAGAUCACUCGGGACCGGGAGCGCGACAUCAGCGAGAAGGUCGCACUGGGUAUGGCCCGUAUCGACGGCGGCGGGGAGGUGCAGUACGACCAGCGCCUCUUCAACCAGGACGCCGGGAUGCAGAGCGGUUUCGGAGCUGACGAUUCGUACAACAUGUACGACAAGCCGCUCUGGGCGGACCGCGGCUCGCACCUCUUCAAGGCCAGCCGUGCCACGGCGGACGAGGAGGAUGACGGCGGCGCGGCGGCGGCGGAGGGUGGACCCCGCACGGACCGCUUCCGGCCCGACAAGGGGUUCCAGGGUGCCGAGGGGGCGCCGGGCGGUGCGGGCGGGCGGGGCGGCGGACGGCUGGAGUUCGAGCGGCAGGCGGCGGAGGAGGCGGAUCCCUUUGGUCUGGACCAGUUCCUGUCGGAGGUUCGCGGCGGCGGGCGGGACCGCGGCGGCGGCCGCAAGGGCAAUGCACUGGAAGCCAUUGGGCAGCGAGGCGGCAUGGCGGCGGCGGGCGGGGGCGCGUCGCUUGAUGACGCUGGUGCGGGGGCGGGCAUGGGUCGGCGCAUGCAGUUCACUAGCGGCAGUGGGCGUUAAGGAGAUGAGGUGGAAGGGGGGGGUGUGAUAUGCAACGAGCUGGGUUAGUACUAGGAGGGGAAUGGGGCAAGGGUCCAGGGGGCAGGCAGGGUGGUGUGCGGAGGUGGUGGUCUUGUAGCGGGGAUGGAUUGAUGGUGGUGUAGUAAUAGGGAAGGGGAUAAAGGAGACUGACGAGCGCUUUGUCUACUAGGGGUAAACACCUCUGCCGGGUGGUAGUAAGGUUGAGAACGGGUUGUUGUUUGGGGUGGGCUACUCGACGUAUGUUGGUUACCCUGGCAACAGAGUUUCAGCGCGCGAUGCGUUCAUGAUGGGGACCGAGUAAGGGCGAGGAGGCGUAGCGUGUUGCAGGGUGGACGACUGGGAAGGAGGGAAAGGCUCCGAGCGUUGGUGCUUGAGGCCGCUUCGGUUACAGAGGGCGCGCGUUUGGGGCUGAUAGCGGUGCAGGCCGUUCCUGUGUGGUGCGGUGUUUACACAUAACAUGCAGAACUAGGGCUGCUUGUCACGCUUUGUCAAGACUCAAGGACUGUUGACCGCGGACUAAUUAGCAGACCGUAAGCGGAACAGCUGUAUAAGGAGCUCUCCGUGCACACAUGUUUGCCUAGCUGGUUGUAGACAGUUGUUGCAUCCCAUGCAUCCUGGAAGUCAUGGUCUGCCAGCCUUAAGCGGCAUGCAUAAGCAUGGGGACAAUUAUCGGUACGUAAUCAAAAUCCUGCGCCCUGGAAGUGUUAUAUCCUCCAACAGUCGCC